AUGGCUUUGACCGACGUUGUCACCCGUGAGUACACCAUCAACCUCCACAAGAGACUUCACGGCGCCCACUUCAAGAAGAGAGCGCCCACCGCUGUCAAGGCGAUCAAGAAGUUCGCCACCUUGCACAUGAAGACCACCGACGUCCGCUUGGACCCCCGCCUCAACGUCGCCCUCUGGUCGAGAGGUGUCCAAGGUGUCCCCCACAGAAUGAGAUUGAGAAUCUCGAGAAAGAGAAACGACGAGGAAAACGCCAAGGAAAAGUUGUUCGCCUACGUCGAACCCGUCAACGUGCCCCUGACCAAGGGUUUGCACACCGUCGUUGUCGACGACGAAUAG